UGCAGAUAAAGGAUGUAAAAAAUUAUGUAAUUAUCUUUACAAUAACUGGAUUAUCAUGAAGCGAGCAAGAAAACAUGACGAAGAUAAUGGAUUUGGAGCAUGGGGUGGUUAUAUGGAAGCUAAAAUAUCUAAACUUGAGGACCAAUUUCUUGGAGUUACUACUAAACAAUCUAAUCAAUUAUCAAAUAUUUUUAAUGGCGUAUCAAUAUUUGUAAACGGGUACACAAACCCAUCAGCAACUGAAUUAAAAACUCUUAUGGCUGAACAUGGAGGUAUAUUUCAUCAUUAUCAUAGACCAGGAAGAACGACAUAUGUAAUUGCUUCAAAUUUACCUGAUGUUAAGGUAAGAUCUAUAACAUCUUGCAAAAUCAUUAGUCCUGAAUGGGUGACAGAUUGCAUAAAGGCAAAUAAAUUAAUAGAUCAUACUAAGUAUCUGUUGUAUACAAAUCAGAGUAAAACGCAACCAAAACUUGCAUUUGCAUCUAAUGUUGUACCAAAAACUGAAGAAAAAUCUAAUGCAAAAUCUGAUAUAGAUUUACAAAUAUCUCCAGAUUUAUUUGAUUCAUCUGGGGAAUCAUUUUCUGAACAAAUUAUUAAAUCUAAUGUUGCUGAGAAUGAAGAAUCUUUAUCAAACCAAUUAGCACCUGAAGUUUCAGAAGCAACUUUAGAUCAAAUCUUUAAUGAUAUUACUUCAACAAAUAAUAAGAUAGAUAAUGAAACAAUAGCAUUACCGGAGUCUUCAAGCACCAGUAAGAAAAACACAAUAAAAACAGCUGUUGAUCCAGGGUUUCUUACUGAGUUCUAUAAUAAUUCAAGACUUCAUCACAUUGCCACACUUGGUGCUGGCUUUAAACAAUAUAUAACUGAUCUUAGAGAAAAAUCUGAUGGAAUAUUCCCUGGUAUACAAAUACUAAACAUGAUGCCAAGAACUGAUAUUUGUAGGGUAAUUUCUGGAACUCGUAUCAUAAUGCAUAUAGAUAUGGACUGUUUUUUUGUGUCAGUGGGGUUGAGAAAUAGACCACAUUUACGAGGAUUACCAGUAGCUGUAACUCAUAGCAAAGGGGGAUCUAAAUCUCAUGCUAGACCUGGAACUGAUAUUAAGCAGGAAAUAGAAUUAUACAAGCAAAGAAAUCAGUUAAAUUCAAAUGAUAAUGAUUCAUCAAAGGAAAUGUGUGAAGUUGAAAGACGAUUAUGCAAUUUAAAUGAGCUAGAUUCACUCUCAGAAAUAGCUUCAUGUAGUUAUGAAGCUCGAAAAGCUGGUGUUACAAAUGGAAUGUUCAUGGGAGCUGCUUUGAAGCUUUGUCCAAAUUUAAAGGCCAUACCUUACGAUUUUGAAGGAUAUAAGGAAGUAGCUUAUACACUCUAUGAUACAAUUGCUAAAUAUACAUUGAAUAUUGAAGCAGUCAGUUGCGAUGAAAUGUUUGUUGAUUGCACAGAUUUACUAAAAAAAACUUCAGUGACUGUUAAUGAAUUUGCUGCACAUAUUCGUUCAGAAAUAAAACAGAAGACAUCAUGUCCGUGUUCUACUGGUUUUGGAAGCAAUAAACUUUUAGCUAGAUUAGCUACAAAAAAGGCAAAACCUGAUGGACAAUUUCAUUUAGAAGAUCAUCAUGUGGAGGAAUAUAUAGAUGACAUACCAAUAUCAGAUCUUCCAGGUGUUGGACGAAGUACCAUGAGCCAAUUGAAAACAUUAGGAUGUCAUACAUGUGGAGAUUUAAAAAACAUCACACUUCUGACAUUAAAAAAAGAAUUUGGAAAUAAAACUGGAGAAUCUUUAUAUAAAAACUGUCGUGGGAUAGAUGAUAGAGCAUUGGUAUAUGAACAAGUGCGUAAAUCUGUGUCAGCAGAAGUAAAUUAUGGAAUACGUUUUAAAAAUAUGGAAGAAUAUGAAACAUUUUUGCAAAAGUUAGCUUUUGAGGUGCAUACGAGGUUGAAAGAAGUUAAUAGGAAGGGUCGUUGUAUAACAUUGAAACUUAUGAUUCGAUCAGAAGAAGCUCCUAAAGAAACAGCAAAAUAUAUGGGGCACGGAUUUUGUGAUAAUAUGAGCAAAUGUCAAACACUUAAUUUUGCUACAGAUGAUGUAGAAGUGAUCACAAGAGCUGUUAUGAAUAUAAGCAAAACUAUAGAUAUUAAACCCGAAGAUCUUAGGGGUAUAGGAAUUCAAAUAUCAAGACUCGAGAAACUCACAGCAACUCAUGAUGUUGCUAAAGGUUCAAUAGUAAAACUUUUCAAAAAAGUAGCAGAAAAUUCUAAGAAUAAUAAAUUAGAUGAUGCAAGUAACAAUGCUUCGACUUCAACAUCUGAAAAUGAUACAAGCAGCAAUAACAUACCAACAUCGAGUAAGACUGUAGAAAAAUCAAAGGGUUCAAUAAAAACAUUUGUAAAACCAUUAGAAGAGUUAAAAGAAUCUAAUGAUGAAAUCAGAAACCUUAACUUUGAAGUUAAUGCAAGUUCUUCAGUGUCCAAAGAAUAUAAAAAGUUAGAUGAUACAGUGCCUGCUGCAAGAAUAUCUUCACCUAAGAAGAAAGAUACUUCCAAAAAAGGAAAAAAACUUGUGAAAAAUAAGAGUAAUAAUACUUUGGAGAAGUUUUUCGGUGAAAGGAAGACCUACUCCAAAACUUUGGGACCAGAAGAUCUGCGUUCUCUUGGAAUUGAUCCAGAAGUAUUAUCUAGUCUACCUGAAGAUUUACGAAAUGAAGUAAUUAGGGAUUGUCAAAUUAAAGCAGAAAAACUUAAUAAGCCAGGACCUUCGAAAGAAAACACAACCACCAGCAGAUCAAUAAUUGAAGUUGACACGGAAUUUUUAAAUGCAAUGCCUGAUGAUAUUCGUAAAGAAAUUGAAGCAGAAAUGAUGGCAGAAAUUUUGUCGAAUAAUAGAAAUGAUACUAAUUUGGUCAUGGAUCAAAAUGUUGAAAUACCUCAACAACCGGAUAAGCCAAAAUCCAGCAGUGUGUGUGGAGUAGAAUACUCUGCCAUUUUUGGUGAUAUAGCUCAAACAAGAACAUUAAUUAGAUCAUGGAUUACUAAAGAAAUGUGUCCAAAGUUUUGUGAUAUUGAAAUGCUCAGGAAGUACUUGAUGGAACAAGUGGAAGAUGAUAUUCAAAAUGUUUACUACAUUGUGAAAUUUUUACACAGAUUAAUUUCUGAACAAAUAUCAGAUGAUGGCAGUAAUUGCCAUUGGCAUAAAGCGUAUUCUCAAAUAUUAGAAGGCGUUCAAGAAGCAGUAUUAACUUUCUACGGCAACAAAUUGUUUGUGGAAAACAAUUUUAAAUGUGAUUAUUGUUUUGCUAUAUAA